UGUCAGCAUGGUAGAUAGGAUAGCAGAUCAGCUCAGGUAAUGGCUCUAGAGCUGCUGUUGGUGAGGAUUGGUUGCAAUGACAAAGUGCCGUCUGCAAGCAAGAAAUUUGAUAACACAAGAUGGAAUGACGGGGACAAAGAAAAUGAGGCGCUUCACUAGUGCUGUGCCUUUAAAUGUUGUAUCAUCAGCAGGCAGUGUGAGUGAGCAGUUGGCCGCGUCAGAGAUAUCUGAACUGGAAUCAACUGCAACAUCUAGUAUUAAGAAGCUAAGAAUUAAGGCUAAUCAUACCCUUAUGGAAGAAAUAAGGGAGAUAAAUCAGCGACUUAUAGACACAGUGGUUGACAUCAGUGAUGAAGAUGUUGAUCCAAGUGCCACAGCAGCUACUUCUGAAGGAGGUGAAGGGACCAUUGUCAAGUGUUCAUACAGCGCUGUGGCUCUCAGUCCAAGCUUGAAAUUGCAGUAUACCUCAGGACAGAUGUCACCAAUUCAACCUUUGCGUUUGUUAGUUCCCUCAAAUUACCCAAAUUGCUCUCCGAUACUUUUGGACAAAUUUCCUGUUGAAGACAGAGAGGAAGAUGAAGAUCUUUCAGUGAAAGCAAAAUCCAGGUUUAGCAUAUCUCUUCGAAGCCUUACACAGCCCAUGUCACUUGGAGAGAUAGCAAGGACCUGGGAUGUUUGUGCCCGCGCUGUUAUUUGCGAGUAUGCACAGCAGACUGGUGGGGGCACCUUCAGCUCUAAAUUUGGGACUUGGGAGAACUGCUUGAGCAGUGCGUGAUCAUCUUUUCGCCAAACCCAGAAAUCCUCUUGAAAGAUUGUUCAGUGAGAAGAAAGUUGUUUUCUUUGAUGCAGGAGUCAGAACAGCUUGUGACAUGAAAAGUAAAAUUAGGUUUUUGAGGGGUAGAGCCGUCUUCAACAUAGACUAGCUUGGAUCAGCAUAGACCAAUUUGGGUUUUUAAUUGACAGCCUUCUAAUAAUUUCAAAUAGUUGUAAAAAGUUGCAUUUUGCUUGGCUUGGCCCCAAGCUUGCUGAACUAUCAAAUGUUCCAUCUGUUCAUAGCCAACUUUUAUAUCAUCAAAUGCUCAAUCAUUUUCCAGACGGCGAUCAAUGGAGAAAUCUAGGGUUAGUUGGGUUGA